UAACAAAUAAUCGAGUAUUUCUUCUAUUUUAUGUUUUAUGAAUUUAUUUUCACUUUUCCGUUUCCCGCUAAUAUUUUCUCCAUUCCUUUUCCCUUGUAGUCUUACUCAAAUCUACUAUGCUUCCGUUGAUACUCUGUUCGAACCUCCUCUUUCUUCUACUCUGUUCUUCCACUUUAUCUUCAUCCAAUGAACUGAAUUCCCUUCUUACAAUCAAAUCCUCUCUUCAAUCCUCAAAUUCCAAUCUCUUUUCUUCAUGGAAUCCCUCAAAUCCCACAUGCAAUUUCACAGGAAUUUCCUGCAAUAAAUUAGGAAAUAUAAUCGAAAUCGACCUCUCGAACCAGGGAUUAUCAGGCACUCUUCGUUUCGAUGCAAUCUGUUCAUUGCGUUCCCUUAAAAAACUAGCUCUUGGGUAUAAUUUUCUUUCUGGAAACAUCACAAAAGAUAUCAGAAACUGUACUCAGCUUCAAUAUUUAGAUUUGGGUAACAACAACUUUUCUAGUUUAAUCCCUGAUUUUUCCAGUUUAACCCAAUUGAAGUUCUUAUACUUACAAUUUAGUGGAUAUUUUGGGGUUUUUCCAUGGAAUUCUUUCACUAAAAUCACUACCCUUGUUGAGCUUAAUAUUGGAGAUAACCCUUUUGAUAUUACUCCAUUUCCUAAACAAAUUCUUCAAUUAAAGAAUUUAAAUGUCUUACUUCUGUAUAAUUGUAGCAUUUCUGGGCAAAUUCCGUCAGAAAUUGGAAAUUUAACAGACCUAAUUGAUCUUGAAUUAUCACAAAAUUUCUUAUCUGGGUCAAUUCCAUCAGAAAUUUCAAAUUUAAAAAAUCUAAAGUACCUUAAAAUCUGGAGAAACAAUCUUACCGGAAAAUUACCCUUUGGGUUUAGAAAUCUGACAAAUUUGGAGCAAUUUGAUGCUUGUAAUAACAGAUUAGAAGGUGAUUUAUCUGAGCUGAAAUUCUUGAAUAAGCUUGUUUGGCUUCAAUUAUACAACAACAAUUUCUCGGGUGAAAUUCCACCAGAAUUUGGGGAAUUCAAAAGCUUAGCAAAUCUGUCUUUAUACAAUAACAAAUUCACAGGAGAACUUCCUAUGAAACUUGGUUCAUGGACUGAAUUUGAUUUCAUCGAUGUCUCGACGAAUCAUCUUUCAGGUCCAAUUCCUCCUGAUAUGUGCAAAAAAGGGACCAUGACAAAGCUUCUAAUGCUUCAGAACAAUUUUUCUGGUGAAAUUCCAGUGAGUUAUGCUAACUGUAAGACCUUAACUCGGUUUCGAGUUAGCCAGAACUCACUUACUGGGAAAGUUCCUAAUGGGAUUUGGGGAUUACCAAAUGUUGAUAUUAUUGAUAUUGCUAACAAUUUUCUUCACGGUUCAAUCACAGGAGAUAUCAAUCAGGCAAAAAAUCUGCUCCAAAUUUAUGGGUCUAACAAUAAAUUAUCUGGUUUUCUUCCUGUGGAAAUCUCUGGUGCUUCUUCAUUGGGUUUGAUUGAUUUGAGUAAUAAUCAAUUAACAGGAGAAAUCCCAGAAAGUAUUGGUGAUCUGAAGAACUUAAGUACCCUUAAUUUGCAAGAAAAUCAGCUUUCUGGUAAUAUCCCUAAUUCUAUUGAGAACUGUCUUCAAAUGGGUGAUCUUAAUUUAGCAGGAAAUUCAUUUUCUGGUCAAAUCCCAUCUUUUGGAUCUUCAAAUAACUUGUAUUCUUUGAAUUUGUCACACAAUCAGUUAUCUGGUAUGAUUCCUAAUAGUGUUUCAUCUCUGCAUUUUAGUGUUCUUGAUUUGUCAUAUAAUAAGUUAUCGGGUUCGAUCCCCGAUUCGCUUACAGUUGAGGCAUAUAAGGAUAGUUUUGUUGGAAAUAAUGGGCUUUGUAGUAGAAAGAAUACUAACUUUUUAAGGCCAUGCUCAUGGAGGUCUCAAAAGCAUCAUCACAUGAUUGUUGUUUUUGUGGUUAUAGGAUUAUGUAUGUUGGUAGUUUUGACGGGUUUUUACAUGUAUAAGAUUUUGUAUAGUGCCAAAAUAGAUCAAAAUCUUCCUGUUUUUAUGAUGGAUGAUAAUUGCUGGAAAAUGAACUCAUAUCAUGUGCUUAACUUCACCAAAGAAGAGAUACUUGAAUCGAUCAAGCUAGAGAACUUGAUCGGAAAAGGCGGUUGUGGGAAUGUUUACAAGGUUGGCCUUAAAGAUGGGAAAGUGGUUGCUGUGAAGCAUGUAUGGUAUACCAAUUUGUCUAAUUAUAGCCAGUAUAAUGCAGCUGCUCAUACUUAUUCUCCAAUGUUGGAUAAAAAUAGUAGUUGGAAUAGGACUAAGAGUAGGAAGAUCAAGGAAUUUGAAAUGGAAAUUGAGACAUUGAGUUGUAUAAGACAUAUCAACAUUGUGAAGUUGUAUUGUAGUAUUACUAGCAAGGAUUCGAGCUUGUUGGUGUAUGAGUACUUUUCGAAUGGUAGCGUAUGGGAUAGGUUGCAUAAUAGUGACAUGGGUUUGGAUUGGCAAGGUCGAUAUGAGAUUGCAUUGGGUGCUGCACGAGGGCUAGAGUACCUUCACCAUGGGUAUGAGAAACCAGUCAUUCAUCGCGAUGUUAAAUCUAGCAAUAUACUAUUGGAUGUCUCUUUGAAGCCUAAGAUUGCGGAUUUUGGACUUGCAAAGAUUGUUCAAGAGGAUGGUGUUGGUCUCGAUUCAAGUCAUGUAGUUGCAGGAACGCACGGUUACAUUGCUCCAGAAUACGGAUAUACACUGAAAGUGAACGAAAAGAGCGAUGUUUAUAGCUUUGGGGUCGUUUUAUUAGAAUUGGUGACAGGAAGAAAGGCAAUUGAGCCACAUUUUGGAGACAAGGAUAUUGUUAGUUGGGUAACUAGCAAGCUUACAAAUACAGAUCACAUAAUACAAAGCAUAAUAGACCCAACCAUCUUGGAAUCACAUAACGAAAAAAUGGUGAAGAUGUUAAGGCUUGCAAUCCUUUGCACGUCGAAGCUUCCGGAACGUAGGCCAACCAUGAGAAGUGUGGUUCAAAUGCUCGAGGAGAUUGAACCUUAUAAAUUGGUGCCACUGCCUUCAAUGUUAGUAAAGCUGGGCAGCACAAAAAAGACAGAGGAUGGAAAAAAAUAGGUGACGCAUAAUGUAAAAAUACGGUUUUAGUUAAGAUUAUAAAACACGCAUGUAUAAUUUUGCAGUUGUCUAAACCUAUAUUUUAGUUACAUUAUAGUUGUAAAAUAUGGUGAUGAGUAUAAAUAAUAGGCUUUGGUUGUGUAUAAAUGUAUCUAGUAUAUAUGUAGUGACUUAAAAUUUCCACAAUUGCCUAUUUACCCCUUCCUCUUAAAGUUUUAUUUUUAAAAAUACAUCAAACUCGAUGCUUGUUUAAAUAAACAC